CUCACCAAUUCCUGCUGUUCGGCAGCUAAUACCGCGGGCUCCUGAGCGCCGGGACCAAUGAGAAGCCUAGGAAGGAGGGGCGGGCACUUCCGCUCUGAUAAAAGGGGCGGAGUCUGAGGGCUGAAUUCGCGAGCUGCCCUGUCCAGACCAUGGACCCUGAGGUGUACCUGCUGCUGCAUUGCCCUCCCGGUGGGCUGCCCAAGGAGCAGGUACGGGCUGAGCUGAGCCCAGCCCACGACCGUCGCCCACUGCCAGAAGGGGACAAGGCCAUUGCUGCUGUCUGGCAGAGCCGGCUACAGGCCCAGCCCUGGCUCUUUGAUGCCCCCAAGUUCCGCCUGCAUUCUGCCAUCCUAGUGCCCACUGGCUCACCAGGGCCGCAGCUGCUCUUGCGCCUGGGCCUUACUUCUUACCGAGACUUCCUGGGCACCAACUGGGCCAGCUCAGCUGCCUGGCUGCGACAGCAGGGAGCCACCGACUGGGGUGACAAGCAAGCUUACCUGGCAGACCCACUGGGGGUGGGCGCUGCACUGGCCACCGCCGAUGACUUCCUUGUCUUCCUGCGCCGCUCUCGGCAGGUGGCUGAAGCACCUGGGUUGGUGGAUGUGCCUGGUGGGCACCCGGAGCCUCAGGCCCUGUGCCCUGGUGACAGCCCCCUGCACAAGGACCUCCCUGGGGAGCUGGUGGUGCAUGAGCUCUUCUCCAGUGUCCUCCGGGAGAUCUGUGAUGAGGUGAACCUGCCACUGCUCACCCUGAGCCAGCCGCUGUUAUUGGGCAUUGCUCGCAAUGAGACCAGUGCCGGCCGUGCCAGUGCUGAGUUCUAUGUCCAAUGCAGCCUGACUUCUGAGCAGGUGAGGAAACACUACACGAGUGGGGGACCUGAGGCCCAUGAGUCCACGGGAAUCAUCUUUGUGGAGACACAGAGCAUACCGAGGUUGCAGGAGACCGAAAUGUGGGCCGAGCUCUGCCCUUCGGCCAAAGGCGCCAUCUUCCUCUACAACCAGGUCCAGGGAAGCCCUCCCUGAGUCGCUCUAGGGUCCCCAGCCCAAUCACCACAGCCUCAGAGAUAAUAAAGGACUUUAUUCUUGGA